UUUUUUUAAAAUAUAUUGAAUUGAGUUUCGGUUUAAAUUAGUGAGAAUGAAAUCUCUCUGUUAAAAUCAUAAUGAUUGUAGUGUAAUAUAGGGUUUAGUUUUGUAUGGUUCAAUUGCGUUAGGUGCAUGAUGCAAUUGUUAGUCUAAUUUAAGUUCCGAUUGUGAUAGGUUCAUGAUUCAAUUGUUAACCUAAUCAUCCAAGCAUAUCGGGAAACAACGAACUCUCUUUAAAUGCUUGGUUCAAUUGAGUUAUUUUCAUUCUAUUUAUAUGCUUUUUUUUUUUUUGGUUUUGUGUUAUGUGUUUUUUUUUCGGGUGAUUGCAGAUACACGCAAACGACACGUGUCAUUAUUAUCAUCUUCGUGUCGCAACCAUAUAAACUUUCCCAACUGCUGCGUCAUCAACACUGUCAGCACGCUCUGACACGUGUCUGCAUCGUGUCAAUACAGGGAUCGUGAUGUUCUCUCCAGCGCCCACCUAAACUCUCUAUUAUUCCACGUGUCGCGACUCCAACACGUCCUUUGAGCCUAUUUGAAGCGCACCAUAUUAACUUGCUACAGUGUGCUAAAAAACAAAGUUUGAGACAAAUUAUUUGGAUUGGAAAAAAAAAAAAAAAAGGAAAGAAAAAGGAAGUGAGCUGAAAAUGCAGUCUGGGAAGAACGUAAAGGGGUCCGUGAAAGAAACGGCUGCUAAUGUAGCAGCCUCUGCUAAGUCUGGCAUGGACAAGACCAAAGCCACAGUGCAAGAAAAGGUGGAGAAGAUGACAGCUCAUGACCCGGUUGAAAAGGACAUGGCAACCCAAAAGAGGGAGGAGAGAAUGGUGGAGGCCGAGCUGAACAAGUGUGCGGCGAAGGCACACAACGCCACGGCUAGACACGAGGCAUCCGUGGGUGGGCCCACGGGGUACACAACAAGUGGCACUGGGACCCACACAUACUCCCCAACCGGGGCCACAGGGCAGCCCACUGGGGCUCACCAAAUGUCAGCGCUGCCCGGACAUGGUACCGGGCAGCCCACGGGCCAGGUGACGGAGGGAGUAGUGGAAUCGCACCCUAUCGGGAUCAACACAGGUACGGGUUGGACCGCAGCCCAUAAUACUCGUGUGGGUGGGAAUCCACCCGGAUAUGGAACUGGUGGGACCUUCAGUUGAAAUGGAGCCUUUGAUUAUGUACUAUGGCCAUUAGUUGUGGGGUCGGGUUAGGUCAUCUUUUAAAUCCCAAUUUUUUUUGGUGGGUUAAUAUGUAAUACGUGGGUUUUUUUUUUUUGGGCAAGUCUUUUAAGGCAUAGUGGUUGAAGUUUGUUUUGAUAUUUUACAAGUUUUAAUGGAAUAAAAUUGGUAGCAUUGUGUAAAAGUUUAUAUAUAAAUUUGAAUCAGAAAUUUGGACCAA